AUGGUAGCUAGAUUAGGUAUUCUAUGUGAUUAUACGAUUGUUAAUCAUUUUGAUACAAUUUGUUCAACACAAUUAUCAACAUUCGUCGCAUUACCUGUCAAUCUUAAAGCACGUUUAUUUACUUUACUUUCUCAUCGUGGUCUUUUAACUGAUGAUAAUUUACCAUGUUUACUCAAUUGUCGUACACGUACAUUUGAUUUUCGUGAUUGUUCAAAUAUAACCGAUCGAUCCUUAAUAUUAAUGGCACAUUGUUCAUUAAAUGCACAAAUCGAACGAAAACGUCUUCAAUCAACACAAAAUGAUAUUUCACCAAACGUAACAAUAACAUCAGUAUUAAAUCCAUCAGUUAUUCAUUUACGUAAUUCAGAUAUAACUGAUGAUGGUUUAAUACAAUUUGUUCAACAAUAUCCAUCAUUAAGAAAAAUACGUUUACAAAAUUGUUCACAAAUAACAGAUGAAAGUAUUCUUGCUAUUGGUGCAAAUUGUUUACGUUUAAUGGAACUUGAUUUAACAGGUUGUAUUCAAAUAACUGAUAAAGGUAUUGAUGGUCUUCGAAAUAUAACUCAUCUUCGAUCAUUAGCUUUAACAAAAACACAUAUAACUGAUGAUUCAUUAAUAUCUAUUGGACAAUCAGCUUUUCAUCAUACAUUAAAUGAAAUAAAUUUAAAAAUGUGUAUUGAAAUAACUGAUGAUGGUUUUAUUUAUUUACUUCAAACAUGUUUAAAUUUAAAAACAAUUGGAUUUACUCAAUGUCCGAAAUUAACUGAAAGAUCACGACAAAAUUUAAAUUCUCAAACUCAUCAAUUAUCAUAUCUUGUUUGGACAAUUCCUGUUUAA